UUUUCAUUUAGUUCCAUUUCAAAAUUCGACGAAAAAAGUCGUGGAAAAUAUUUAGCGGACGGAAUUUUUCGUCGGGCUCGCGAGAAAAAAGAGACAGAAAAUAAGAGAGUGUUGCGUGUGCGUGAGUGAGAUAACGCGAAAAGUUUGAGAGGAUCGGAAUCAUGGCGAGUGUUUUUUUAUAAUCAAAUUUCGUCAGCACUUUCCACGUAUAAUCGUAAAUGAAGCUAAAAAAAUUCUCUUUUAAUUUGGCAUAAAUUGUAUUUGUAUCUUGAAAAAAGUAUAUUCUUGUAAAUACAUCCUCUUCGUAAAUUAUUUUACUCAAAAAGUCUUAAAAUAUUGAAUUCACUUGGAAAUUUCAAUUUCAAACGGGGUCACUCGAAAUUCGCCAGUGAUUCGCCACGUUAUGUACAAACAUAGUUUGUAAGCGCAGUCGGAAAAAUAGGAAAAUAGGCGAACGGAACCCAAAACCCAAAACGCGAAAACCCGAAAACCAAAACCCCAAUGCAAGCCAACUGAGUGCGAGGGAGACAGCCGACCACGUCGAGCGGGAUAGCAUGCGCCAAUGAAAACGUCCCACCAUCCAAAAGCGUCCGAUUUCGUUGACUACGCCGUUGCCGGGGGCGGGGGAUCCGGAUUCUGUCCGGGAUUAGGAGCGGGUCUAUCACUCAGGGCGACGUCCUUCUACGGCGAUCAAACGGUAACGGCAGCUGCGGACGGGACGCGUCACCAGGAACAACAACAACAACAACAACAGCAACACACUCAAAGGCAACCUGCAACAUCCGCAUCAACCGCAUCAGCAGCUGCAGCAGCAACCAGCAAGCGAAAACGUCAAACAGAUUGUGAUUGCGGCUGCGUAGACUCAUAUAACUCCAGCCACGGCCCGCCAGCGCAGCAGGACUCUUCAGCAGCAGCGGGAGCAGGAUCUGGAGGAUCUAAAGCGGGAUUGGGAUCGGGAGGAGCAGGAGCAGGACCAGACGGAAUCGGGCGGAUCAGCAGCCUCAAAACGGCGCACACAAAGGUCGCCACCUCGGGGGGUCAUGCCAACACGCAGCCCCCCAGCAAAAGGUCGAGCAGCGGAGCGGAUGGCGACUACCAGCUGGUGCAGCACGAGGUGCUCUAUUCCCUGUCGGCGGAGUAUGAGGUACUGGAGUUCUUGGGCCGCGGCACCUUUGGCCAGGUGGUCAAGUGCUGGAAGCGCGGCACCUCCGAGAUCGUGGCCAUCAAGAUCUUGAAGAACCAUCCUUCGUAUGCGCGGCAGGGCCAGAUCGAGGUCUCGAUCCUUUCGCGCCUCAGCCAGGAGAAUGCCGACGAGUUCAACUUUGUGCGGGCCUUUGAGUGCUUCCAGCACAAGAACCACACCUGCCUGGUAUUCGAGAUGCUGGAGCAGAACCUGUACGAUUUCCUCAAGCAGAACAAGUUCUCGCCGCUGCCCCUCAAGUACAUAAGGCCCAUUCUGGAGCAGGUAUUGACUGCCCUGUUGAAGCUGAAACAACUGGGUCUGAUCCAUGCCGACCUGAAGCCCGAGAACAUCAUGCUGGUGGACCCAGUGCGUCAGCCCUACCGCGUCAAGGUGAUCGACUUUGGUAGCGCCUCUCACGUGAGCAAAACGGUCUGCAACACCUACCUGCAGUCGCGGUACUAUCGUGCACCCGAGAUCAUCCUGGGUCUGCCCUUCUGUGAGGCCAUCGAUAUGUGGUCACUGGGCUGCGUGGUGGCAGAGCUCUUCCUCGGCUGGCCGCUCUAUCCGGGCAGCUCGGAGUUCGACCAGAUCCGCUACAUCUCACAGACACAAGGCCUGCCCACAGAGCACAUGCUGAACAGCGCCUCGAAGACCUCGAAGUUCUUCUACCGCGACGUGGACUCGACGUAUCCCUUUUGGCGGCUGAAGACCACCGAGGAGCAUGAGGCGGAGACAAACACGAAGAGCAAGGAGGCGCGCAAGUACAUCUUCAACUGUCUGGAUGACAUUGGGCAGGUGAAUGUGCCCACUGACUUGGAGGGAGGUCAGUUGCUGGCAGAGAAGACGGACAGGCGGGAGUUCAUCGAUCUGCUGAAGCGCAUGCUGACCAUUGAUCAGGAGCGGCGACUCACGCCCGCAGAAGCGCUGAACCACUCGUUUACGCGGUUGACCCAUCUGGUUGACUAUGUCUACUGCAACAAUGUCAAGGCAUCCGUGCAGAUGAUGGAGGUGUGCCGCCGAGGCGAUUUCCACACGGUGCAGCCCGCGUCGACUCUGGUGACCAACUUCGUUCCCUCGAGCACGGAGAACAUGACGUUCACGAUCAACAACCAGUUGACCAGUCAGGUGCAGCGCCUAGUGCGCGAUGGUCGUCCUCUGGCCUACGAGGGACUAUACCAGAUCUACAACGGUCGCAGUGUGGCCCGACAGUAUCCGCAGACCCGGACGGAUAGCUUCCAGCACCAGCUGGUCUCGAACAUCCUGUGCCCGCCCUCGUACCAGACGAUGCCCAGUCCCACCAAGCAUGUGGUGGUGGGCAGUGCCACCAUGCAGCCACCGUUGCAGGUGCCGCCGCAGCAGUACGUCAAUGUGCCCGUACCGGUUUCCAUGGUGGAGCCAACUUCUGGUCAAAGAAUGCUCCUCACGAAUCGUGUGCAGGCCAGCGGAGUAGCCUGGCCACAGACUGGAAGGCAGAUGGCCUUGGUGCCGUCGUGGCCGCAGCAGGCGCCCGCCCACUCGCUCAUCGUGGACUCGACGCCUCUCUUCAAUGUGGAGGAGAUCUAUCCCAAGCACCACCUCAACUUGCCACGCAACGAUCUCAAGAAGGAGUCGCCGGCUCAUCAUAUCGCCAAGGGCAACUCUUAUCGCGUGCCGCGCCACGAGAAGAAGGAGCACCAGCAGCUGUCGCCGGUGAAGAAGCGGGUGAAGGAAAGCUCGCCGCCCCACCAGCAGCGGUACCAGCGCGCAGCCCACGUGUCGCCGCAGUACCACACGCACCACAACUGCAACUACGGGAAUGGCAGUGGCUACAGCGCCAGUGCCGGAUCGGUGGUGGCCUCCUCGGCUACCUCCGCUAGCAACAUUGUGAAUGGUAGCUCGUCGAGUUCGCACCAUCACCACGUGCCCGUCGCCCAUGCCCAGCCCUACAGCAACUCCUCAGGUCACCACAUUGUGAGCAACUGCAACGCCAACGGAGGAGCCGGAGGAGCAGUGGUGUACCAACAGCCACCGGCACAUGCCCAUCAGCAGCAUGGCCAGCAGCCGCAUCCGCAGAGUUCGCAGCAUCCGCAGCACGUGAAGCAGCCGACGAUAACCAUUCACGACACGCCCUCGCCCACGGCUGUGAUAACAAUCUCCGACAGCGAGGACGAGGGCGGAGAGGCUGGAGGAGCCCAGGUGCCGGUGCUGAAGCAACGGGCGCAUGCCCAGUCGCAGACCAGCAGCAGUCUGCUGCAGCACGCGCCAAGCUCCUCCUGUAGCAGGAGCAGCGCCCACCAGCAGCCGCAUCCACAUCCCCAGCAGCAACAGCAACAGCAGCAGCAGCAGCAGAUAAACUAUGGUGAUCAUGAUCCGGAAGAUGCCCGUCGUCGUCAUCAUGCCGCCGCCGCAGCCGCCGUGGGAAGUCCCAAGCAUCACCAUCAUCAUCAGCAACAGCAGCAGCAGCAACAACCUGCUCCUCCUCCACAGCAGCAGCAACAGCAGCAGUACCAACCGCAGCCACCGCCGCAGCAGGUGUUGCCCCAGCCACAGCCCAGCAUCAAGUAUGAGCCCGGCCAGUCGCAAAAGAAACGCAUCUUGGCCAUGGCCCAAAGCGAGUGUGGCUACCAGCCGCAGGCACCCAGCCAGCCCUCAUCUUCGGCCAGUUUGCCGCACAUUCCCACCAAGCAGGAGCCAGCCGAGUUCUAUCCGGAGUAUGCAGCUGCUCCGCCGCAACAGUUGGACACGAAGCGCUCCUCCUGGGCUCCUAAUUCUUCGGGCUCAGGGGUGUCCGCUCUGCCGCUCGCUCAUCCAAAGCGCGAGGCACCCUCUGUAGCGCCCAUCAGCUAUGUGGCCCCGACUGUGGCUCCACCAUUGGCCCACUCCAAGAGCAGCUCCACAUCGUCGUCUUCGUCGAUAAGCGCUGCGACUGCCGCAGCAGCUGCUGCAGCUGCAGCGGCGGCGGCCAGCGUCGGUCCUCCAUCGUGGGGUCCGCCACAGGUCUAUCGUCAGCCAUCACAGCCGCCGCCGGGCAGCGUGGGACUGCCAGGAAGCACACAGCCACCGCCGUCGAGUGUGGCCCCGCAUCCGCAUCAUCACAGUCAUGGACAUCAUCAUCACCAGGCCGGAACUCCGCUGGGCGGGUCGCCAUCAUCGACGGCGGCGGCCGCUCUGUUGCAGCCGGAUAUUUAUGCGCAGGGCGACAUUUACCGCCGGCCCACAGUUUUCGUUUCACAGGCGGCACCUAGCUAUGCCUACGCCAACCGUGCGGUGGUGGCCCCACCUCCGGCCCACAACAGCUCCAGUCGUCAGGUGAUACCAUCACACCCGCUGCCAGCUCACAUUCAGAUACCCACCCAGUACAGCCAGUUUGGACCGCUCAGUCCUGCCCAGGUAGCCGCCAGCAAACACGCGGCGCACUUCGCGCCCACCAACAUAUGGUAUGGGGCUGAGUAGACCGACGAUGGGAGUUGACGGGGAGAGGGGCGAUGAGGAGAGACGCGGGACGAGGAUGUGCACCCACCCAGAACCAUGAACUAAGAACCACCCAACCACACACCGCACAACACCACCAUCACCACUGUUGUUAUGAUCUUGAGCUAGAGCCCGAUCGAAUGAUUCAACGCUCGAAUCUUUUGUGGCCUCGGGCGAGGCAGGUGAUCAGCCGGAGCAAAGCCAAGAGCUGCAGCAACAGCAACAGCAGCUGCAGCUAACUCAGUGCUGGUGGUUCAUGCUGCUCAUGCAGCAGACUAUCAUCCACAACAACUCCAUGCUGCAGGCGGGCAGCGACGACGCCGUAGCAACGGCAGCAUCAGCAUCAGCAUUAGCAACAUCAUCAGACACAACUGCAACACGUAAAGCACGCCGCCAACGUUAAGCCAUGUCCAAGUCCCCGAACCUCGUUGCCAGUUCUCAGCUAGUUUUUUUCGAGGUCCCGUGGGAUCUCACUUCUGCUACUAUUAAUUUUUAUUAUUUUUUUAAAUAAUAUUAAAUAUAUAAAUGUAAAGCACUCCUACACGCAGCUGGGUGUACAGUGCUCAGGUAAACUUUUGGCUAGUUGUAUAUCAGCACAACGCCACACCCACACACACACUACAGCUAUAGCUUCUAUACCCUCGAAAUAUGCGAAUUAGGUGCAUAUCGAGCGAUGUUUUUCUUCACGAAACGAAAGCGUUUUAUUAAUGUGUGUUGUGUGUUUUAUUGAUAACUUCCACAUAAUAUUCUCUAUUAUCCACUUAUAUAUUAUAUACAUGCAUAUGUAACACUAUUAUUAUGAAUACUAUAUAUCAAGAGAAUGCUAAACAAAACUAGAGUUUACGGCACGUCGACAACUGCAACAUUAGGCCAGAGAGCCAGUAAGAGAAAGCUUCGAAAUUCCCUAGCAAGUACCUCAGAAAAUCAAAAACCUAGCAGCAGCAGCAACAACAGCAACCAGAUAAGAAAAUAAACAACAUUGUUAUGCAAUUUGCCUUUUACACAAAACAAGCAACAAAACAAAUUGAGACGACGAAAGACGUUGAAGAUUAUGAUCAGGAUUAUGAUUAUGAGUAUGUGUAUCAUUAUGAUAAUGAUGCAGAGGUAGGAAUUAGAGGAGGUUAGUAGAGAACCACAACAAAUUGAAUACCGCAAAAACCUUACUAGCAAACAAACAAACAAACAAGCAAAUAAAAUAGAUACCCUAGGAGAUAUCAACAAAGAACUUAACAAUUACAUAGCUCAUAGAUUUAGUGGAUAGAACGGGAGAAGGUUAAAGGGCGAACGUUUUUUACACACUCGUAACUCACUCAUAGGAAUAGCCGAGAAAAGAAUUACAACUACCAGAUAACGGAUAACAAUUCUAAAUUAUGUUUAACGAGCAACAACAAAUAAUUAUAGGAACAAGUGUACAUAAUACGCAUAUACUUACAUAUAUAUAUCGGUACUAAAGCUAGCCGGAGCCCAACUAAAAGCCGAUUUUGAAACUGAUCAGUUGUUAAAGUCAGGUCAGCGAAGCCAGUUAGUCUGCGGUACGUUUAAUUUUUAGACUUCACAUUUCUUUUUAACCUCUUUGUGUCCCGGAACAAGAUCUGCGUUUUCGUUCUUCUCUUAAAUGGGAAAGCGCAUAAGAAUGUUUACUAAAGUACAAAACCUAACAAAAAUAACAAGCAAUCUAGCAGUUUAGGCUUUUAGAGUUUGUCCCACUACAAAUCCCUUGUUUUAGGCUUUUCCCCAGCGAAGAAGAUGUAAUAUAUAGAAUCCAAUUUUGAUAUGUACAAACCUGGCUUACUUUAACUCGCCCACUAUAGAUCCUUAAUAUAAAAUAUAAACUAAACUAUAAAUCUUGUUAAAUAGGUUUCCUAAAGUAUUUCGUAGUUAGAAUUAAACAUAACUCUUUGCGAUUAAAUAACCGAGCAGCAACUAAUUUCUCGCCCUCCUGGGCUCGAUUACUCGGUUGUCUCAACCGGGAGUUUAGAAAGAUCGGUCCUUCGAGGGUGGCACUUCCUAUAUAAUGAAUUAUACUGAUACAGAGCAGAAAUAUUUAAACCAUCCUUCGCCCCUUCCCAAUUCAGCUGUGUACAGUAGGCUAUUUCGGGAUCGGGUUGAAUUAAAAUUACGAUUGGAAAUGAUCGAUCUAGCAUAUAAUUAUUGUGAUGUAGUUUUUAACGAGCGAGAAGCAAGCAGAGAAGUCCGCAAACGUUUUUUGUCAGUCGUUGUCGGCGAAUAGAAAUUACCUAAAAUUACGAAUAACCAAUUGCGAUACGGAUACGGAUACGGAUACGGAAUAUGCAUCUAUAUGUUAACUAAUUAGUGUGCAGGAUUCAAUAGCGUUAGCACGAAAACAAAUCGUUUUUUUAACCAAGCAAAUACAUUUUUAACAAGCGAGUAAUAACACUUUUUGUAGUAGGCAAGGGAGAUAAAUUGUAGCAUACAUAGACGUAAUUAAGAAACGUUAGUGUUGUGAAUAUAUACGAGUAAAUACGAAAACAUAGAAACCUAGAUUCUAGACGUGGUUCGAGUACAUUUAUAUUAUGGAUAUAUAUUUUGUGUAUAAACAAUAACGGCAACCAGCAGCUAACAAUUGUAAUUGUAAUAAACAAUAAACGAAAACCACAACUCGGCAGUUUAAGAUUCUUGUUUAAAGCCGAGAGAGAGAGAACCUUAUCUAGAUAAUAGACAUAGAUGUAUUCAGCAAGUUCUUUUUUUAUAGAAAUUUUAUGGACCAUUCAACUAAAGCAUGUAGUCAAAUAAGCAUGAAUAUUGUAUAAACAAAACAAAAAACAGCUGUGUGACCGUUUAGAUGUCAGCGGAAAGUUGCGAUCUGUGUCUCCGAUUUGUGUUUCUUGUCCUGUACCCACUCAGUGUGCGAACUUAUAUUAUAGUAUAUUAUAUUAACUUUGUAUAUGCUAAAUAUCUGUAUCUGCGCGGGCAGACGAACUUUUCUUCUCUUUCUACUCAAUAUUUAGGAGCAUCAAUUAGGAGAAAGCAAACCAGAAAAAACAAAAAACAUGAAAACAAGAAAACAAAUCAUGAACGCUUUAAAUGUAACAAAAACGAAACGUUAAUAGACUUAUGAAAACAACAAACAAACAAACAAAUUAAAUUUAUAUUAAACGACAAAUUAAAUUUAUAUUAACAAGCAACAAAUUACAUUUAUAUUUAAAGAAAAUCAACAACAACAAAUUAAACUUAUAUUAAACAAACUCACACUCACACUCAAUAAGCAGGCAGCCGGCAGCUGGAGCCACCCCGGUCGUUAGCAGACUUUUGUGGCCCACUGUCGGAGGACUUGUAUUUAGGAGGAGGAACUCUGGGUGGCUUCCACCAGCAGCGAAGUGAGCGGAGAGAUCCACACAAACACUCUAAUAUACGUAUAUAGUAUAUAUUUAAAUGAGAAAUGUUUUAACUGUGUAGCCUUAGUAUUUGUACUCGUCGUCCUCUCGAUUUCCGACAACAAAAUAUGAUAUACGAUACUGAUACUGAUACUGAUACUGUAGAGCGAGUAAUGCCGAUCGAUGUUUACUAAUUAUACUAUAUUUCAUAUGUACUUGUUUAAUCGUACUGAGUUCGGAUGAGUUGCCCCUACUUUACUAUUUUAACCAUUUAAAUGUACUUUUAAUUUACUUUGUUUCUUUGCUUAUCUUUGUUUAAUAAUGGAACAUAGCCACAACAUAUACCAUAUAUAUAUUGCUUACAUUUACUUAUGUCCUACAAAAUAUAGAGAUCGUAAAUAUACAUAACAGAUAUCGCAA